AUGAAAGACGAAUGCAAUCCCAAAUUGUUUAUCCCGUGGUGCCUGUCCAACAUAUUUUUUUUCGGAGCAGUCACUGUGGCAAUUGUCGGUAUUGGUAGACAUUGUAGUUUGAGACAAUGUCUCAUCAAUGUCAAUAUUGGUCAGGAGCUCGGCACGUUCUUUUUAAUUGGAAUGGCGCUUGGUACUUGUUGUGAGUACAUGGGUGACAAUUUUAUAACCAGAAAGAUGUACCUACCUUAUUCGACGAGUCACCAGCUAUGCAUUGGUGUCGGUGUACUGAUGAUGUUUCUUCUUCCAUUCAACGAUACUGGAGUCUUAUUGUAUUUGUAUUGUGCUACUAGCGGACUUUUGUGUUUCUCCACUUUUCUCUUCACAUCAACUCUCAAUUGGCCUAUCAUAAUUCGUCAAACUAUGCUUGCAAGGCAUAUUUCGAGAAUGCACUAAUGUAUGGGCUGCUGCAGGAUACUUUCACGAAGAUGAAAUUGGCUCUCCAACGAGUAUGGGGUUUCUUUCUCGCUGUGGUACCGGGACAACACAAGUUGCUGCGAACAUUUCUCUUGAUUUGAUGAACGUUUCAAUACGUUUUUUAACACCAAUAAAUCAUUUCAAUUCAACGCUUACUCUCAUUAUGAGUUUCAUAGCAACGACACUCCGAAAUAACCCUAGCGCGCCCUCUUAGCGAAAAUUUUAUUCAAUUUUUUUUUGCAUUUUUUGCAAUUUUUCUCGUUUUUUUUCACGAUUACCGCUUAUUUUGCGUGAUUUUAUAAAAAUCGAGAAAAUCAACGAAAAGGAUCCUUCAAAACGACGGAAUAGGAAAAAGAUGCCAAAAAUCAGAUUUUUCGUCCCGACGCAACUUCGCCGGCUUCGACGAGGAAUCCUGCAGCGAGGGACACGAUUAUGAGCUGUUAAAGAGUGUCGCCGGCACCGACUCCGAACGAGAAAAGCUCCGACGACCGCAAACGAGAGCCGAAGGAAUCCGGAAAGCGAAGAAAAUGGAUCGAUAA